AUGACUAUGCCUGUGCCUAUGUUCUACACUAAAGAUAUCUUCUCUUCAUCAAUGCCUUACAUUUACUUUACCACUUUUGUAUUGGUCACACUGAAUAUUUACACAUUUGAGAAUGUAUAUUUUCAUGUGUUGCACCAACGGAUACCACACUACUCAAACAAAUCAUUGACAACAUGGUUCAAUCACCAGACAGACUUACAUAGAUGGCGAGUAUUGAAUUACUACAUUAUCAGAUCAAAAGGAAAUACUUCCCUUAUUGAAAGUCUGGACCUGAUCAGCAAAACCAGUGAGAUGGCCCGUGUAUUUGGCAUUGAGUUCUACCAUGUUCUGUCAAGAGGUUCUCAGUACCGAGUUGAAUCAAUGAUGUUAAGAAUUGCCAAACCUCUCAAUUUCGUGGCCGUAUCUCCAAGCGUACAUCAACGGAGUAAGAUGCAAGCACCUGAGUGUAUUCCACUUACUCUUGAACCACUUUCCAAUGUCUACACUGAUCCAGUCGUCGUUUUAGAUUUCCAGUCUCUCUACCCUUCCAUCAUGAUUGCUUAUAAUUAUUGUUUCUCAACUUGUCUUGGCCGACUUGAUCAUUUGGCUACAGCUCAUGAAGGUCCCAUUAAAUUUGGUUGUACUCAAUUAAAGAUUCCACCAGAUCUAAUCAAGAAACUGGAAAAAGAUGUGACAAUUUCUCCUAAUGGCAUCGUAUUUGUUAAAGAACACAUUCGCAAAGGAAUAAUUUCAAGGAUGGUAGAAGAAAUUUUGAAUACUCGUCUGAUGGUCAAAAAAUCAAUGAAAAAUUGUGAUGACAAAAAUCUGCUGAAAUUGUUGCAUGCCCGACAGCUGGGGCUAAAGCUGAUUGCCAAUGUUACCUAUGGUUAUACGGGGGCCAAUUUCUCUGGAAGAAUGCCCUGUAUCGAAGUGGGAGACAGCAUUGUACGAAAGGCUCGAGAGACACUGGAAAAAGCAAUAAAAUUGAUUGAAGAUACACCUAGUUGGGGAGCAAAAGUGAUAUAUGGAGAUACAGACAGUAUCUUUAUCCAGUUGAAAGGUUACAGUAAAGAAGGUGCCAUCAUACUGGGCCAACACAUUGCACAAGUUGUAACAGAGAACAAUCCUAAACCUGUUAAACUGAAAUUCGAGAAGGUGUAUCUACCAUGUGUACUGCAAACUAAAAAGCGGUACUCAGGGUUUAUGUACGAGUCUGUUAACCAGAAGGAACCAGUGUUUGAUGCCAAAGGAAUUGAGACAGUGAGGCGAGAUGGAUGUUCUGCUGCUAGUAAGAUUUUGGAACGCUCUCUCAAGAUUUUAUUCACCACACGUGAUGUGUCUCGAGUGAAAAACUAUGUACAGACACAAUGUCGCAAAAUGCUGGAAGGCAAAGUCAAUCUACAGGAUUUUGUGUUUGCUAAAGAAUAUCGUGGUAUGAACACUUAUCGCCCUGGCGCCUGUGUUCCAGCCUUGGAAAUUGCAAAGAAACUGAUCCAACAUGAUCAUCGAGCAGAACCCCAAUCUGGAGAACGAGUUCCUUAUAUAAUUGUGUGUGGAGAACCAGGCUUACCCUUGAUUCAACUUGUUCGUCAACCAUUGGAAGUACUUGGUGAUUCUAGCUUACGUUUAAAUACCAACUACUACAUCACUAAGGCAAUUUUACCACCUUUGCAACGAAUCUUCUCUCUGCUUGGAAUCAAUGUUUUUAAAUGGUAUUCCGAUUUACCCAGAGUAGUCAGAUAUACCCACCAUUCUGUACCUGAAGAAAAGAAAAAGGGAACCAUCUCCCAGUAUUUCAAUUCGACCAAUUGUCCUGUCUGCCACAGUCACACCAAACAGCACUUAUGUCCUCAGUGUGCCGCCGAUCCACAAUUGGUUGCUGUUUCCCUGAACUCUCAACUUCACAAAUUACAGCAGACCCAUCACCGUCUCUCUCAAAUAUGCCAGUCUUGUCAGGGACUCUCAGAUUCAAAAUUUUCCUGCAUCUCCCUUGAUUGUCCCAUCAUGUAUCGAGUCCGCUCUGCCCAAAACGACCUCCACAAACUUGACAACAUUCAAGAAAUAUUGAACAACCUAUAGCACAUUCUAUUUCACUGCUAGUUUUAUUUUACAUUGCAAUGUCCAUCUAAUAACUACAUCAGAUCCACAACAAACUGAACAAAAUGUUAACUCAUUUCAAUGAAUUCUUCUUAUUUAGCUUUUUGCUUGUUUCUUGUUCAUAAGUCUAAUAUAAACUACACCAUUAAUGUCUUUACAACAUAUCUUUUUGUUUAUCAUCAUCAGCCAUUCGAUAUAUAUAUAUAUAUAAAUAUAUAUAAUAGAAUAUUUUUAAUAUGUUUUCUAUAGCUGUUGAAGCAAUUCGCAAUCUUAAUUCUUCCAAUAAAUGUUUAUACACUUUUUAAAAUUUACUUCAGUCAAAAGUCUAUAUGUUCAAAUAUCUCUUUCAGAUAGUAUGUAUCUAUGUGUGUAUGUAUAUAUAGUGUAUUUAUGUAUAUAUAUAUACACACAUACACUGACAUAUAUUAAAACCCUGACAAUGUUCAUGUGCUUUCUGAAACUAAUGUUAAUGUAUAAAUACAUUUGUAAUAUAUAAGUCAUCAGACUUGCUUUAAACAUUUGCUUUGUUAUUAAUUAAAUUUUGAAUAAAAUGGAUUUGAAUAUAGAAGGAAAAAAAAAAAGCACAUCAUUUUUUUUUAACCUUAGGAGGCAUUGUGAUUGUUAAUCAGGUAAUUAUUAAAUGGUUUAGCAACAAA